UUUUGAAUGACAUAACAUCUAUAACGGCCUAUUAGGAUCAGGCUCUCAUAUGUGCAGGGCGGGCUUUUCACGUGCUGCUGCUACAGGGACACCAAGAUGGAAAUCCAGGGGCAUACUGACACCCAAAACACUCGCUAUCAACAUGGCGUCCAGCCUCACGCUGAAUUCUCUCAGCAGGGUACAGCUUUAGGGACUAAUGAGAGCACCCGUGUGACUGAAAAUGAGGUCUCAGAUCUUUCCGGAUCGCUCGGCUUGGAAAGCGACGACAACAACAACCGGGACAGGUCAUAUCCGCUUCGGCGGGCGGGAAAUGGUAGCGGCUGCAUUCUGUCUUCUAAAACCAAACAGGUUAAGACACAUGAUUUUCAGUCUGAAGAUGCUGAGCUCAGUGACAUGACAGCGCCCAAGAAGAUUUUUAAUGAAUCAGAGCUUCUGCCUUCAGAUUUUUACAGGGCUGAAGAAGAUGAGGGCAGCGAUCGGCAAAUGGCGCUUCCCUUCCUGGUGAGCCGUGAACAAAGACAUACGCCAGAGAAGACUCUCAACAAAACUGCUGUCUCUAAUGGCACGAGCCCGGAGGAACUGUACGUGGUUUUUAACAUAGUGCAUAAAGAGGAUCAAACUAAAGCUGAAGAGAAUGAAUCAUCAUCAAAAUCGAAGACACAAUUUUCUCGAUCAGAUUCAGAUGAGAAUUUUAGUAGAACUUCAAGAUACGCACACAGCAGUUCAAGUACCAGAUCUGAAAGAACACACCAAAGUGUUAGACAAGAGAUUUGUCUCGAGGCAGUCAAUCGAGACCCUACAUUAUCCGAAGAUUAUGUUGGGAGCAGACAAACACCAAAGAUCUCCAAAGCAGGAAUGACCAGCAAUAAUUUAGUAUCAGCUGAACGCUCAACAGAUGAAUUGACACAGUGUGUGGUAAAAAAUAGCUCUGCCUUUGUAACAGAAAACAAGACUGCUGAAAUUAAUAUCGUAGACUUUGCAAGUCAGGAGUCCAGCAGUAAUGAGGAUUGCGUUUCUGAUGGGAACCCGAUGCUUGUGCAUGAGACACUCUCCGGGACUAUCAUGAUGAACAAUCAGAGCAUUAUUGUGACUAUUGAGAAUGGAUUAUUGACCCUGGCCACCUCACCAGAGGGCUAUGCUUACAAGGAGGAUGGUAUUAUAAGCUUAAAAGAACAUUUGGGGAUGAAAGAUGAUGAUGAUCUUGUACUGCUCAACUACGAUGGGGGAUGUAAAUCUAUUGGAAAAAUGAGCAAUGUAAGCACAAGUCCACAAGUUGAGCCUAAAGCUGGACUGGCCAGCAGCGACUCAGUGUUGACUCUAGUUGAUGAUUGUUCACUGUCAGAAAUGGGUGUCACUCUGGACUCUUGCCCACCAAUCAAGCAAGAGAUAGAAACCGUAUGCGCUAUAGAUAAUAGAAAUACUAUUUGUCAAAAUUCAAAAAUCAAACCAGUUAUAUGUGAGGAAGAACUACAGCCAAUGAACCAUUUAGCUGUGGUAGGUUUGGCCAAGAAAGGUUCAGUUGUAAAGUAUAGAUGUCCUCAGCCAGGCUGUUCUAACAUGUUUGAUACUCGGCAAAAUCUCAAAAUUCAUUUGGUUCUGCAUGCAGAGGACCAGCGUCCCUUCAAGUGCACAGUGGAGGGCUGCGGUUGGUCCUUCACAACAUCAUACAAACUGAAACGGCACCUACAGUCUCAUGACAAAGUGCGUCCUUAUAAAUGUGAAUGGGAAAACUGUGGUCGCUGUUUCACCACAGUCUAUAAUCUAAAAGCUCAUGUUAGAGCCCAUGACCAGGAAAAUGCAUUUAUCUGUGAAGUAUGCAGUGAGAGGUUUCGCACUGCCACAAAACUUGCUAAUCAUCAAAGAACACACUUUGAACCAGAGAGACCACAUAAGUGUGAGUUCCCAGGAUGUGAGAAGACCUUCAUCACCUUCAGUGCCAUGUUCUCCCACAACAGAACCCACUUCAGAGAAAUGGGCGAGUUCACCUGCACCUACCCUGACUGUGACAAGAGAUAUGACAAGGCCUGUAGACUUAAAAUACACCUCCGCAGUCACACAGGCGAGAGACCUUUUGUUUGUGAUUCUGAUUCCUGUGGAUGGACUUUCACCAGCAUGUCAAAAUUACUUCGGCACAAACGGAAGCAUGAUGAUGACAGGCGUUUUGCUUGUCCAGAGGAAGGCUGUGGGAAGUCCUUCACACGGGCUGAGCACCUGAAGGGCCACUGUAUUACACACCUGGGCACCAAGCCAUUUGAAUGCCCUGUAGAAGGUUGUAAUGCGAAGUUUUCAGCUCGCAGUAGUCUCUACAUCCAUUCUAAGAAACACAAGCAGAAUGGAGUGAGUCUGAGGAGCCGUUGUCCUGUGGUUGGAUGCACCAAACACUUCUCAUCACGCAGCAGCCUAAAGACACACAUGCUUAAACACCACAACUUCAGCCCAGAUGUAUUGAGUCAGUUGGACAGCACAGCCACUCUAACCCCCAGCAACGAGCUGACAGGCACAUCACAGGCUGUUAGCACCCCCCCAGGACCUGCAGGAGCAGAGAUCAACAGUCUAGACCUGACCUCCCUCUUCUCCAGAGUCCCUGCAUGUCCAGCAACUACUGCUGUCUCUUUGGGGUCUGUAGGUAGCUCUGGGCCAGCAUCCUUCUCCAUGGAUCUGUCCCUGGUCAACACUGGAAUCCUUACAAUAGAUUCAGUUUCAGCUGGAUCGGCUCUUAAUGGGGCAAAGACUGUAGAUCCUCUCAUUUUAGCACCCGGGCAAGAUAUGGGGGUACACAUAUUAGAUGCGGGAUUGGGCGCUGGAGGAGGUGGAGGGGUUUUACCACAGGCAACAUUGCAUUUGGAUGAUGUACAAACUGUCAACCCAGAAGAGCUGGGAACACUAACAGCUCUGGCUAUCCAAAGUACUGCAUCGUCAGAACAACUUCACACUCUGAGCUCCUGCAGUGCUUUGAUAGUAGAAUCACCAUCUACUCUUAUGCCAACACUUUCAUCAUCGCUCACUCCAUCUCUUUCCUCUUUGACAUCAGUUCUGCCUUCAGUGCUCGGUUCCUCUCUUGUUCCCUCUCUCUCUGCCCAUCUCGCCUCCUCUCUCUCCUCUGCGGGAGCCCCUGUGACAGAGUUGCUUUCUCCGCAGGCCAAGGUGGCAGCCUUUGAGACCGCUGUGGGGCCCUUGCUGAGCAGAGCUGAGGUCAUGCCCCCAUCAGAUGGCAAUAAGGGGAUGUGCCAGUUUGUGUUCCCCAGACACAGUGGAUCCUACUGUGGGCAGAAAAACACAGAGCUGGCAUCUGUCACCCCCUGCCCCAUUAUGGAGAGCAGUGGAUCAGCACGCACAGACUACAGGGCCAUCCAUCUUGCCAAGAGGAGGAAACAGAAAGGUUCAGGGUCUUCCACAUGUGCCUCAGAGACUGACCAUAGAAAGACUAAAGGGUCAAAGGGUGCCAGCUCUGCACUGCAGAAUACUUCAAGUGCUCAUUUUGGAGGAGCUGCUACAGGAAAUGGUGACCUACCCAUUCGGGAUCCAGUGACUGGUGCACAGUUUGUGCAGAUUCAGCUGUUACAGGAUGAUCCAGCUGCUGAUGGAGAAUUGGCUUUCCAGUUGAGUUCACAGACCUCAUGUUCACACUCGCAGCUCACAGUGGAUCUGCCUGUCAACAUCCUACAGGAACCCACAGCCAUAGCUGAAGAUGAAAAUGGAUCUGAAAGCUCCCAAUUCACUGGCAGCACCAUCAACCUACAAGACCUGGAAUGACAAUAGAACCAGGAAAACCCUUGUGUCUCUUGCUCUCAUAAUCUUGCAUCUUCCCUGAAUGUUUCCACUGAUGUUGUCAUUACCAUGUUUAAUGCAACAAAUCCCUUUCAUGCAUUCAUGUUUAAUACAGCAACAUUGAGAUCUUUUUCAGUAACUUUUUCCAAAAAAUAAUAACGGUUUCCAGACAAAAUGCUAAUUUGACGAAACAAAUUUGUUUUUUUUGUUUUUUUACAAUUUUUGAUAACGCAAACUUGCUUGAUUUAUUUUAACUUAUUUUUUUUAUUAUUGGUCUUUUGUGCGCACACUUAUGAAACUAGCAGUAAAUAUGUCAUCAUAGAUGUCUUGGUUUAUGUUCUAUUAUUGAAUGCUGGGCUGAUCUGUGACAGAAUCAGUUGUGUUAUCGUGUUCAGAGUUUAUUAGUUUGUAAUUAAAUUAGAGAAUGUUACAUGCAGAAUAAAUAUACUAUUGUACUAUAUAAAUACUAUUGGUGCAUAAAAGCACUGCAAAGUGCCACAAUAAUGCCCCCCUAAAUCAAAAAUUAAAAUUAUUUUUAAUUAUAGUCAUACUAAAGACUUUCAUAACUAAUGCAGACAGGUCACUCUAAUUUUGAAACAGCAAUUUGAUGUGAAGUCUUGGGCAUAUUUACUAUUAAUGUGAAUGUUCCUGGCAACUGACAACCAAUUAUGAUCUUUUACUGUCUGUGUCAUCUUUAGUCUAUCUGGUUUUCCUGUCCUGUUUUACAGCUACAAAGUCUGACAGAACAAAAUAUGUUGUUUUCAUGUUUAUUUUUUUAUGGCUUUGUAAAGUGCAGAUACAAUUAUGUUCUAUGUUUGUGAAAACGUUUGUUCUACUUUUUAUAAAUCAUGCAGUUGUAACUUAUUUAUUAGGUUUGGUUCGAAACAGGUUAUUAAAGUUUUACAUUUAAAUAAAAUUCUUGGCUCUUG